UGCCUUUGAACUAACUUCAGUGCGUCAUAGCCUGAAUUGACGCAGAAGUAGACGGGCUAUAAAUUAUCUACUUCCUUUUUUACUGAAAUUUUAUACCUAAUUAGUUGCAGGCGGCGUCUUUGCCUGUCUACGUGGCAUCUGGACUUCCCCGCGAGUUCUUGUGUCAAAGCAACGCGCAGGCAGAGGGAGACAAGGAAGAGAAAAGUCGUUCUUGGAGUGUGGGGAGGGCGGGAAGGAUUUGGAUUUAGGGUUUUGGAAACUGGAUUGUUUGUGGUUGACGUAGCCUCCCAUGAGGAAUUCUGUUGGUGAUUCACUCAAAUCACUUUUAGCUGACAUCGAACUCGCGAAUACACUGGCGUCAGAGUUUCAAAGUAAAGAUGGUGCAUAUCUUCAGAUGAUGAUGUCAUAUAGUCCAGCAGCAAAGCAUUUUCUUUGCAUAGCAAAGUGGGCAGAUUGCAGCCUUGGUGUGGCCCUUGGACUUGCCGGCGCUUUUGGACUUCUCAGGGUAUUGAUUUGUGAGAUGCAAAAAGGGAUCGCCGUAAUAGAAGAUUAUAAUCGAAUGCCAUUAUGUAUAGAGAGAGGAAGAAAGAUAGCUGAUGCUGAAAGGAGGCAGUUUUCAGAAUUGGAUAUUGAAAGAGAUGAGGAAUGUGGCAUAUGCAUGGAGUUAAACGGCAAGAUUGUAAUUCCCAACUGCUGCCAUGCAAUGUGCUUCAAGUGCUACAGCAACUGGAAUUCGAUACAACAAUCAUGCCCCUUCUGUCGUGAGAGCCUCAGCAAAGUGAAGCCUGAUGACUUGUGGGUUUAUACUGACGAUAGGGAUAUUGUUGACUUGGCAAAGGUGACCACAGAUGACCUGCAACGGCUAUAUUUGUAUAUAGAUAAGCUUCCUUCAAUGGGGGGACCUUCAGCUAAUACAGUUCUUAAUGUGGAUGAUUCACUUGAGAAGUCAAGCUCCACAAACAGGUUGAUUCUUUCCACCAACUUGAAUUAGGUUGGAUUGAUUUCUACAUAGUUGCUCAACUUUUCGUUAUUUUAUAAAGCAGUUUUUAGUACAAAAAUUUUUUGAACUAGAAGUUUUUGUAUUAGAAAUCUGCUUUAAAAAGCGGUAAGAAAGUUGUUCCAAACGAAGCUUUUAUUUUAUUUUUUAUUUUAGCUGCUUUUUAUUUAUCAGCUAUGAUUAAAAUUGGAAUAGUAGUGCUUAUCAUAAGUUUAUUGUUAGAUGGUUGGUGUAUAAUCCUUGGUUUGAUAGAAAAAUUCUCUGUAGAGAGCAUCUUCAAGCUCAUAAGAAAAUGCUAAUUUUAUGUAUGUGGUAGAUAAGAGUAUGUAGGGUAAUAAGUGUAAUGGUUACUUUUUGUCUGAUUUAGGCUUUGUUUGGGACGGCUUUCUUACCGCUUUUUAAAGCAAUUUUCUAGUACAAAAAUUUUAUUUUUUUUACUAAAAAGCUGUUUUAAGAAGCAAUAAAAAAGCCGUUCCAAAUGAAGCCUUAGUGGGUUAUUAUGGGUCUUGAUAGUUUUUAGGUUAUUAGGUACUUUAUGGGUCAUUAAGAGUUAUAAUUUUAUAAAUGCUCUCUUAUAGUAUUAAGGCAUGCAAUAAAUGAAUUGAGCUAAAUUACAGUUCAAUCAUCGA